AUGCUGUCCUUAGCAUUUUUGUUUUUAUGUGUCCCAGCCUGGGCCUUGGAUCUUGCAAAUGGCUUUCUCAGUAUUGAUGGCGCGGCCGUAUCAUUUGAAGGCUCCCCCAUUGUGUUGGAACCUACAAGCAAAUCCAUCGAAAUCCAGUUUGAUAUUCUAGACGAGGGUAAAAAACUAAAAAGCCCUCCCCAACAAGUGAGCAUCUUAUUAACAGCUGGGGAUAUUGAUUCUUACUACUACCCGAAAAUCAAAGACUCCCAGGCAAAACUGGACCUCCCCGUGAGCAAACUGUCGAAAUAUAUUAAACAAAGUCCCGAAAUCGACGUUAGCGUUCUGCUUGGAGAUAACGUCACGGAAUACAACCUGUUCCAGAAAGUUGGCAAAAUACACUCGAACUUACGUUCUGGCAGCAAGCCUGAGCGAUUCGGCAGCAAGCCAGAAAUAAUACACCAAUUCAAGAGCCCGCAGAAAUACGUCAACCCAAUCAUCUCUAUAAUUUUCAUUGGUGGUGUCGUUGCUUUGUUGGCGGCACUGUUCAUCACAUGGAAUCAGCUUGAUGCAGUGAACUUUGACAACAUUGGCAAACUGCCUUGUGGAUACACUGUUCAAUUCUUCGUGUGUCUGGCAUUGCUCGAAAACAUCUUCAUCCAUUACUUCUUAAGUGCAUCAAUCUAUACUACCAUCUACAGAACUCUGAUAGUGGCCCCUGUGGGUGUCUAUGUGGGUUCCAGAGUUCUGAGAGAGCUGCAUCAGCUUCGCCAAGCAGGGAAAAGAUGA